GCAAGACUUCCCUUGCUGAAGCUGUCUAUAAUGAAAUCUCUCCAAAGUUUCAAUGUCGUUUCUUCCUUCAAGAUGUUAGAGAGAAAAUAGAAAACACAGGGGAAGGAAUCUUUACGAAAUGAACUUCUUUCCAAACUAUUGAACUCGAAAACUUGUGUAGACACCCCCUCCAUAAGUUCCCUCUCAACCCAACAGAGGCUCAAUAAUAUAAAAGUAAUCGUCGUCCUUGAUGAUGUUAGUGACUCAGAGCAGAUAGAUCUUAUGGGUGUAGAACAUUUUGGUGAUGGAAGUAAAAUUAUCAUAACAUCCAGAGAUAGGCAAGUAAUUACGAAUGGAGGAGCUGACAAAAUACAUAAGGUGAAUAAGUUAAACGAGGAUGACUCUCUUCAACUCUUUUCUACAUUUGCAUUUAAGUCGUUGAAUCUUGCUCCUGAUUUUCGAGAUCUAUCGAAUAAUUUUUUGUGGUACGCAGAAGGCAGUCCACUUGCUCUUAAAGUUUUGGGUUCUAAACUAUAUAAAAAAUCUAGAAAAGAGUGGGAAAGUGAGGUGGGCAAGCUCAAGGAAUAUGCAAAACCAAAGAUUUCACAGAUUUUGAUGAGUAGUUUUGAAGAGUUGGAUGAGCAAGAGAAGAAUAUAUUUCUCGACAUAGCUUGCGUCUUGAAAGGGGAAUCCAAGAAAAAAGUAGAAGAAAUUCUAAGUUGCUUGUAUGAGGAUGAGGGUGCAAUGAGUGGAAUAAGCGAUUUGCUUGAUAAGUGUCUAAUUGAAGUGAAUUCCAAUGGGGUGAUUUGCAUGCAUGAUAUGCUUGAAGAGAUGGGAAAAGACAUUGUUCGCCGAGAAUCUAAAGAUCCUGGAGAGCGCAGUAGGUUAUGGAGUCUUAAAGACAUGAUCCAAGUGCUCAAAUAUAAUAAAGUGAAUAAAUCAAUUGAAGGAAUAAAGCUUUUCGUGAGUCGACUUGAAGACCAGCUGUUAUUAUAUUCUGGUUUUGAGAAGAUGCAUAAUCUUAGAUAUAUCAUCCUUUAUACAUGUCCGUUCUCUGUUAAUAGUGCAUCUUUUUCUGAUGAGCUAAGGUAUCUUCAUUGGGACUUUUGUCCCUUGAAAUGCUUAUCAUCAAAUUUUAAUCCAAAGAAUCUUGUUGUGUUGAAACUAAGAGAGAGCUUCAUAGAACAACUUUGGAAGGAAGAUCAUCAGGAUCUUGUUAAUUUAAGGUCAAUUGACCUUUCUGGUUGCAAGAGUCUAGUGGAGAUCCCUAAUCUAUCAGGAGCCAUCAAGCUUCAAAGCCUUUGCUGCAAUGGGUGUGAAAGUUUGGUUGAACUACUUUCCCUCAACCAGUUGGAAUCUCUUGAAAGCCUCGACCUUUCUGGUUGCAAGAGUCUUGGGAAGAUCCCUAAUCUAUCAGAAGCCAUAAAGCUUCAAAGCCUUUGCUGCAAUGGGUGUGAAAGUUUGGUUGAACUACCUUCCCUUAACCAGUUGGAAUCUCUUGAAAGCCUUGACCUUUCUGGUUGCAAGAGUCUGGGGAAGAUCCCCAAUCUAUCAGGAGCCAUCAAGCUUCAAAGCCUUUGCUGCAAUGGGUGUGAAAGUUUGGUUGAACUACCUUCCCUCAACCAGUUGGCAUCUCUUAAAGAGCUUGGUCUGGAGGAAUGUCAUAAUCUUAAGAAGUUUCCUGAGCUCCCAAAUAAUCUCUCUGAGUUAGAUUUAAGGUACACUGGAAUAGAACAAGUGUCGGAUUCGAUUCAGCAUCUUGUUGGACUUAGAAAGUUGAGUUUGAGUCACUCGAGGGUGGAAACUGUAUCGAGCAAUAUUUCAAAGUUGGAAUCCCUUAACGUUUUGGAACUUGAGUAUUGCGUAAGGCUUACAACACUCUCAAAGCUUCCACGAUAUCUGCGGUGCUUGAAUGCAAAUUAUUGCCGCUCAUUGAAGAAAGUAUCCUUCACCGAUCAUAAUUCCAAUUCAUUCUUUUCUUUACAUGAUGGUGAUGACACUCCUCGUGAUGAAAAGGUUUCCAUGUCAUUCCUUAAUUGCUUCAAGCUGAAUCUACAUUCAAUUAAAAAUAUUGAGAGAAACGCGGUGCUUCAAAUUCAAUCCCUAGCACAGAGAUGGGCAAGGAGGCAAGGGAGGGGUUCUUUUGGAAAUCAAUUUUUUUGUUGUUUCCCAGGAAAUGAAGUCCAGCAAAUGAGUUUGAGCAUCGAACCGUGAAUCCUGGGUUAAAUUUAAAGAUAGCCCCAAAUGCGUGUAGUGGGAGCAGAUUCUUGGCAUUUGCUUUAUGCUUUUUGGCUCAUCCCCUGUUUGUAGUCGGAGAUGUUGGAUUUAUCUGUAAAUACCAACUGACAGCUUCCAGUGGUGAAAAGUUCAUGAGAGAGAGUCGCGUUUCUUGGAGAGAGGACAUGGGCUACAUACACAAAGGUCAUGUGUUCAUUGUGUUUAAUAAGGAUAUGAUUAUAAGAGACAAUGAUUAUGAGGAGGCAUCAUUUGAGUCCUACAACGAAGGUCAACUUGGUAGACAAUAUUCACCGUUGGAAUGGGGUGUUCAUGUAUUUAUGUGGAUGCAGAGAGUUAUAACAUUAGUGAUGUGAUGAUUUGUGAUAAAAGAAGUAGAUUUAGGUAUUGGAGGUGAACAAGGGGAUGGAGGGAGUUUUCACUUCUUUUAAUCAUUGUUUGUGUACGCAGAUGCAACUUCACAAUAUUGCCAUCCAAAUGCAUUGGUAA